AUGCAUUUAACUGAAGAAUUUCAUGAUGUAAAUCGUGACCUCAUUGAUUCUGAUGAGGAUGUUGAAGUAGUUUGGGCUGAUCCUCCUCUAGUUGCUACAACGGAAAAGGAUCACCAUGUUACUUGCACUAAAUGGACUAAAGCUCAUCCAAUUGAACAGAUCGUUGGAGAUCCAAGUAGUGGGGAGACUAGAAGAACCACAAGUAAACAUGGCUUAAACGUCACCUUCUUAUUACUGAUUGAACUGAAGAAGAUUGACGAGGCUAUGCCCCCUACUUAUGUGGAUCCCCUAAACAUAACUGCAAUGGCAUGCCCUGCUCUGCCUCUCUGCCCUCUUGCCAUAACUGAAGCUGAGCGUGGGAUUCCUGACCUCCUUAAGCGGGUUCGGGCUGUAUUUGAGAAGGUGGGUCUCCCGUAUAACGAAUCCAUAGUAGUAAGAGUUACUGGUUGCCCUAAUGGUUGUGCCCGGCCUUACAUGGCUGAACUCGGAUUAGUUGGUGAUGGUCCUAACAGCUAUCAGAUCUGGCUUGGGGGGACACCAGCUCAAACUUCACUAGCCAGAACUUUCAUGAACAAGGUUAAGAUUCGCGACCUUGAGAAGGUGUUCGAACCAUUAUUCUACAGCUGGAGAUUGAACAGGAAAUCUAAGGAAUCAUUUGGCGACUUCACAAAUCGCAUGGGAUUUGAGAAACUUCAAGAAGUAGUUGACAAGUGCCAAGGAGUACCAAAAUCGUCAUCAAGAUAUUACUUGAAGCUUUUUACAGACAAGGAAACAUAUGAAGCUGUGGAUGCACUUGCAAGGAUUGAGAAUAAGAGUGCUCACCAACUGGCAAUGGAGGUCAUUCGUAAUUAUGCUGCUUCCCAGCAUAAUGGCAAAGGCCAGUAAGAUCAUGAAUGUCAGAGCAGCGAGUAUUUUUGUUCUACCAUUUUGCUCUUCUCUCGAUAUUCAUGGAAAUGACCAGAAUAAGAGUAUGUUUUAGUGUGUUUCAAUUUAGCCGUUGAUUCAGAUUUAUAUCUGUGUAUGUCGUUACUGUUGGAACGCUUGUUUUGACAUUUUGUUUUUCUAUCUUCUUAGAGUAGUAUUUGGUUUUGAGUCUGACCCAAAUGAGGAUCUGAGUUCUCAGGUCCAAGGGAAAUGGAUUUGGUUUUGUUUGAAGUAGUCUGAUGUUGUCAUCUGGUGUUUAUAUCAAUAAAUUUCUAGAUGUUAAAA